GAGUGGUGGUAGCGAGGCACUUCGAAGUCACUUGGUGGUAUCGAUGGCAGUGCGCGCGCGAUGGUGAAAGGUGCUAUGUCGUUUUGUAGUGUGAAUAGUGCGUGGAACACCAUGACUUCAUAUAUGCGUAUAAUUUUUAUAUGUGCCAUAAUUGUGAAUGUAAAUUGCCAGAAAGAAAAGGAAGAAGAUUUCGUUUGUCCCGAAGGUACUCAGGGCAACGGCAAUUUCGCUGAUCCAGCCACUUGCCGCCGCUUCUACCAAUGCGUGGACGGCUACCCCUACUUGAACAGAUGCCCGUCUGGCUUGUACUUUGAUGACAUCAGCAAAUACUGUACCUUCAAAGCCGAAGCCAGAUGUGGACCGAUUGCAACGACACCGGCUCCCAUAACGGAAGCGCCGGUAGACCUGGCCACCAAGUGUGACACAGCAGAAUGUCAACUGCCAUACUGCUUUUGUUCCAAGGACGGCACUCUCAUCCCAGGCGGACUAGACCCCGAGGAUACUCCGCAGAUGAUUGUGCUCACCUUUGAUGGCGCCGUUAAUUUGAAUAACUACGACUUAUACAAGAAAGUUUUUAAUGGGAAAUUGCGUAAUCCGAACGACUGCCCGGUGCGGGGCACUUUCUUCUUAUCUCACGAGUACAGCAACUACGCUCAGGUCCAAGCGCUUGCACACGAUGGCCAUGAAAUAGCUACGGGAACUAUAUCCCAGCAGCAAGGACUCCAAGACAAAGGCUACGAAGAAUGGGCGGGCGAGAUGAUCGGCAUGCGGGAGAUUCUUCGGAAAUUCGCCAAUGUCUCGCGCUCUGAGAUAGUCGGUGCGCGCGCCCCUUUCCUGAAACCUGGUAGAAAUACUCAAUUUAAGGUGUUAGAAGACUUCGGCUACAUUUACGACAGUUCGGUGGGCGUGCCCCCCCUGCCGAUCCCGGUGUGGCCCUACACGCUCGACUACAAGAUCCCACACGAGUGCAAGUCCGGCACGUGCCCUACUAAGUCCUUCCCAGGUCUGUGGGAGGUGCCCUUCAAUGCUCAUUACGUGGAAACCUAUGAAGGUGGUCAUUGCCCCUACUUAGAUCAGUGUGUGCUGCACAAUCACGAUUCCGACGAGGUAUUCGAGUGGCUACAAGAAGAUUUUAGCAGAUACUACGACCAAAACAGAGCGCCGUACAUGAUGCCUUUCCACACGAACUGGUUCCAGAUUAAGGAGCUCGAACGGGGGCUGCAUAAAUUCCUUCAGUGGGCAUCUAAGUUGGAUGACGUCUGGUUUGUAACCGUAACUCAAGCUCUCACGUGGAUGACGGACCCCAAGCCAGCGAAGAACCUCAAGAAUUACGAAGCAUGGCGGUGUGACAAGAAGGACUUGCCUCCGAAGCCCUGCAACCUGUCCAACAAGUGUGCGCUGUCCUUUAAGACCCAAGACUCGAACUUCACCGACACUCGUUACAUGGAGACUUGCACUGAGUGCCCUAACCAAUAUCCGUGGCUGGGGGACUCGGGCGGGACGGGCAUUCCCGGGACGGACAACUACAUUCCCGACAACCUCAGAAAGUAAUAGAAAAAUAGUUUGUAAAUAUUUCUGCGACAGACUGUUGAUACAAUUACACAAUAAGCUACUUCAAUAAAUUGUUUAGGUUAAUACUGAUAUAUUUUCUCUACUAGUGGACGCCCGCGACUUCGUCCGCGUGGAAAUCUGUAAACUUUUAAGCCCUAUUUCACCUUAAAAGCCUUAUUUCAUAAGGGGUUGAAUUUUAAUACAUUUUAAAUCACAUUAUAUUUCGUAUUUUUGAACAAAAUUUUAAAACUGUAACUCAAAAAUGAAGGACUUUCCAUACAAACUUUCAAACCCUAUUUCAUUUUAUUUUCGCUAUAAAAAGUAUCGUAUAACCUUCUCCGUAUUAUGGUCUUAGCCGUGCAAAGAUUUAUUUGAAUUCAUUCAAAAUUUUAACGCGAUGCCCGAAUAACAAAAAAACACGGAUAGACAGACAGACAGACAAAAAUUUAUAUUUUUAGCCUUAGUAUCGAUUAUAUAAUACCCCCCCAAUAAAAAAAUUUCAAAAUAUCUUCAAUUUACAAAAUGUAAAGAAUUCGUAUUAUAAGUAUAGAUUCUAGAUGGCGCUGUCAUCCGUUAUGCCACGCUAACGUUUGUUGUUACAAAUGGUAUAAGUAAAGUAAUGUAUAGAGUUCGACCAGUUUUAUUAUAAGUAUAGAUUAACGACCUAUCUUUCGUAGUUACUAAUGCUUUGGUUUCGACUAGUGGUAAGUUUCGACCAUAGCUAGUACACACCAUACUGGCAUGGACUUAACGGCUUCCACUAAUCGAUUAGCGUUCAAAUGCGGGUAGAGUCAAUGUGUAUCACUUUUAACUUUACUACCAAGACUGCAGGUCACAGGUAACAUCAAAGUCAAGGGCUAUUUAAACAGAGGAUUUUGAGCCAUUUAGAAGCAAUAUUCAAUAGUGUUUUAAGGUAUCACAUGUUUUUACUGGUACAAGUAAACAAAUAAAACGCGAGCAUGCAGUUGCCAGACUGCUUUUAUAAAGACUGAAAAUUCGUUACCCAACGCACCGUUACGUAGUAGUGGCGGAUUUACAAAUUUGCCGCCAGUAGGCUUUUUAAUUUUAGUUUACAAUCAAUAUAAUUAAUUGUUUUUUGAUUAUAGUAAAAUUUUUAAGACUCGCUUACUUUUUUUCUGUAAGACUGUUUAAGCCAAAUUUGCCACACUACUAAAAUCUACUUAGCCUACUAGUAAAUCCACCACUGCACCGUUAGCUAACGGUUGGACGUUGCAGGCUUCGGAAGUUUCAAGUGCUACAAGGCUUCAAGUAUCCAGAUCCACAGUUGUCCAAUCCAGUCGUAAUAUUUUGAUAUUUUUUACGGGAUCUUAUGACGAAUCAUGUCAUAUUAGGCCAGGCCCUUAGCUUCUUAGCAACUCUUCGCUACACGUCCUUAAAGUUUGAUUUUUAACGGUAUUUUUCGAAGGGUUGCCGCGAAGCUAAUUGUCAACUGGGAACAUAAUUUUAUAUUAUUAUACCGUGAGAAUUAAAAAAAAAAACGCUUUACACUUGGUCUGGACUAUUGAAAACUGCCACCUUCCAAAACUACCAAAGUCCAAACUCAAAUUUUCGGUCUUCAUAAAAUGUGGUAUAUCUGGCUAUUGCAGGCUCAUAGUCCAUUAUUUAACACUAGUAGACGCCCCGCGGUUUCACCUGCGUAUGUCAGAAUACAGGGUAAAAUAUAGCCUAUGGCACUCACUAAUAAUGUGGUUUUCUAGUGGUAAAAGAAUUGUCAAAAUCGAUUCCGUAGAUCCAGAGAUUACUCUCUACAAACUUUACCCCUUUAGAAUAUUUAUUUAACAAAUUUGUUAUUAUUCUAUCUAACGUCAACAGUCUUAUCGCGAUGAAAUAAUCUAUUCAUUAUAUUAAUGCACAGUAAUGUAAUUUCAAAAGCACUAUUCAAUAUGUUGCUUUAAUACACUAAAAGCGGGGCGUUUCUAUUCGAAAAUUUAAUUUAUACACACACUGUGGAAGUAGUAUGAUAUUCUGAAUAGAUUAUUAUUACAUUGUAUAUAUUUUGUGUUAUAUUAAGUUGAUCGCACACUGCCACCGACGCUGCAAUAUCAUUUGCUGCUGAUGACAGUUACAUUUACUGAUGAAAAUUUGUAAUUAAUGUUAGCGGUUUUUUGCGGUUGUUACAUUUGCGGCAGUCUGCGAUCAACUUUAUAGCAGUGCCUAGUCAUUGCGACUCUAUGUGUAUGGUUGUAUGAAAGCCUUUUGUAUGGGUCUGCACUCCUUUUACUAAAAUUAUUAAAAAAAAAAAGUACGGCUCUCGCAAAUAUGGCGCUGUGGUCUCCAUGGCUUUCAGAUUUUAAUAAAUGUAAUGCGGAUUUGUGAAAAGGGCUUUCUAUUUUAUUAUAAUGUAUUGUAAGGAAUAAGAUGUUACGACGAAGGUUUAUUGUAAUAACAAUACAAUAUAAAAAAAUAUA